UUGCAUAACUGUCUAAAGGGUUAAUAAUUGUGUAUAGUUGUGAGAAUAUAUUCUAUUCUACCAAUAUGAUAACAAAAUAUAAUAUUAUAGUCCUAUUUGUUUCAGAACUUUUUGCAUUUCGGUUCUUGUGAAUUACUCCUGAAGCACUUCAACAUUGGAGGAUUGGUUCGUUCUGAUUGAAGAUGAGAACAAUUGUUCGAUCUGUUCGACAAUUUCAAUCAGUUUUUCGGCGUCGAGGAUAUACUAUCUUAACUGGGUUAUCAAGAAAACAAAAUUAUUUGGCUAGUGCUUGCUGUGUCUACAGAUUCUCCUACAAUGGUGAAAUUUGUAGAUAUUCAUAUCCAUAUAUGAUCUCAAGAGCUCUGUUUGCUGAUGCUGCUAAAGUAGCUAAUGGAGAAGUAAGCAAAGCAGGGCCUCUGAUUGAGUAUGAGCGUAGAAUUGAAGCGGGUGAUCUUGUGGAUGGGGAUAAUUGUCAGGUAUUGCAAUCAAUUCACUCUUCAUGUUUGAUUAUAAGUUUUAAAGGAAAAGCUAGUAGUUUGUAUGUCUCUUCCGAAUUUUCUCCAGCCCAGAAGGUUACGUUUCUCAUCUUCGAUCGGAAUUUUCCUUGGUUUGUAAAUGUUUGAAAAUUUAUGCUCUCACUCCCUUACAUGGCUUGUGUUUGUUAGCAUUAAUUAGUUUUGUUGUUGGUGGGGCAGUUGUUAGAAUUAAUGUGCUAUUUGCUAGGUAUCAUUUGAUUUGCUUUUAAGACCUAGAAUUAAUGCAAUUUUGGUUCUUGGAUGUGAAAAAGUACUUUUAAAUGGUUAUGCAGAAGAUGUCUAAAUUGUGAGAGUGAUUUAUUAAUCCAUAUGUAUUAUCUAAUUUGUUUGGUUUUCCUUUAUUUGAGAAUCAAAAAGUUUUUAGAAGUGUUAUGAAGGUCGCAUCGAGUCAUGUAUAGGCUACACUCCCCAAAGGCUUGUGCAUCACAGUUUGAGGCGUGCACUUCACAUACGCCUGGUAUGCCUUUUACUCAUAAGCAUGUGAGGAGUACGUAUAAGGAGAACUUGUUUUGGGCUAUUGUUAAACUUAAUCUAAUAUAUGGUUUAAACAUAAAAGUGAACCUCUUUUGUAAUUAUAUUCCAUGGGGAAAACAUCAAUUACAUGACCAA